AUGAUUGUGCCCGGCAUGGAAGAAAUACUCAAGCACACGGCUACGUUGCCCACCUCGACUCCUACUGUUGGACCGAUUCCGACGGUCCUUCCGGGUGAUUGGCCUGUUGUGCUGCAUAUUCAUGGCACCGGAAAGCGGACAUUAUGGGUCGUGGUCGCCCUCAUGGCAAUCUCCUCGAUUGCCUUUUACACCCUGGCUGCCCGAGUUCGAGUUCAAACCCGCCUCCUACACACCCUGACAGCCCUCAUCACAACAGUCUCCUUCCUCUCCUACCUCGCUAUGGCCACCGGUGAAGGCGUCACCUACAAACACUCCAUCGUCCACCACACCCACGAACACGUCCCAGACACCCACCAAGAAUACCUCCGCCAAAUCUUCUGGGUUCGCUACCUCAACUGGAUCAUCACCACUCCUCUUAUCCUUAUCAACAUCGCUCUCCUCGGCGGUCUGAACGGUGCAAAUCUAGUCGUCGCUAUUGCUGCUGAUCUGAUCAUGUUCGCUGCUGGGUUGACGGCUACGUUCGCCCAUGACCAGCGCCGUUGGGUCUGGUACACAAUUGUCAUCAUCUCUUUCCUGACGGUCGGGUUCCAGGUUGGCUAUAAUGGUGUUCGUUCCGUGCGACGAGGCGCAGAUCAGCAUCGCGCCCUGUUCACGUCCUUUGCGGGUGCGAACUUGCUUGUUUUCUUGCUUUAUCCGAUCAUCCUUGCCGCGUCGCCGCUCAGUCAACGCAUCAGUGUCGAUGCUGAGACUGUCGCAUGGGCAAUCCAUGAUAUCCUGACCCAGGGUCUUUUUGGAUACUGGUUGCUGCUUGGUCACGAUCGUAGCGAGACUGGACAACUCUUCGUUGAUGGUUUCUGGUCCCAUGGUAUCAGCCAUGAAGGCGCACUUCGUGUCGGCGAGACUGACGGGGCUUAA